CUCACAUAUCAUUAAAAUUCAAUCUUCUUCAUUUCCGCUAGCAAUGAACUGUAAAACAAAGAAAGUAAAACUGAAGAAAAAUCUUCUCAAAAUUCUUACAGCAGUUGUAAAUUUAAUUUUCCAGUCAUGGACAGCAAAAAACAACUUCAUAUAGUGAUGUUUCCAUGGCUAGCUUAUGGUCAUAUCAUGCCAUUUCUUCAAGUCUCCAAGUUCCUAGCUCAAAAGGGUCACCAUAUAUACUAUAUCUCCACUCCUAAGAACAUCAGCAGCCUCCCAAAGCUUCCUCCGCAUCUCUGCUCCAACAUAACCUUUAUACCAUUUCCUUUGCCUCAGGUCCAUGGCCUGCCACCAGGAGCUGAGUCCACCUCCGAGUUACCCAUUCACAAAGUUCCUUACCUCAAAAAAGCAUAUGACAAACUCGAAACUCAGUUGACUGAGUUCCUUAAAAGGUCAUCACAAGUCAAAUGGAUUGUCCACGACUUUGCUCCUUACUGGUUACCAUCUGUAGCGAAUCAACUCGGUAUCAACUUAGUUUUCUUCAGCAUACUCUGUGCUUCAUCAAUUGCUUACUUUGGCCCUCCAUCAGAGUUGCUUGGCGGAUGUAGACAACGGCCAGAAGACUUCACGGUGACCCCGGUGUGGAUGGAUUAUCCUAAUAACCUAGCUUUUAAGCUCCAUGAAAUGGUGAGUCACCAGGAGUGCAUGGACUCUGUGUCCGAUUUUGAACGGGCCGGAACAUUGCUUUUGAGUUGCAACAUUCUGACUUUGAGGAGCUGCUUUGAGGUCGAAUCUGACGCACUUCGUGUGCUUAGUAAGCUUCAUCAGAAACCAAUUGUACCACUUGGACUAUUGCCGCCAUCACUGCCAAGCGAUGAAGAUAAAGGAGAUGGGAAUUGGGAAGCAUUAAAGAAAUGGCUUGAUAGUAAACAAGCGAAGUCAGUUUUUUAUGUUGCACUAGGCAGUGAGGUGAGUAUGAGUCAAGAGUUCAUGCAGGAGUUGGCGUUUGGGAUAGAGAAAUCAGGGUUAUCUUUCAUUUGGGUGGUCAGGAACCGCCCUUCAGUUGAAGGACAUUUGGUACAGGACAUAGUCCCACCCGGGUUCGAAGAAAGAGUUUCCGAUCGGGGCUUGGUUUUGCGGGGCUGGGCACCUCAACUCAGGGUCUUGGCUCACUCCUCAAUCGGUGGUUUCUUAACUCACUGCGGUUGGAGUUCAGUUAUUGAGGCACUAGGGUUCGGUGUUCCUUUGAUAUUGUUUCCCGUAGGAAGUUCGGAUCUUGGAUUAGUUGCAAGGUUGAUGCAUGGCAAAAAGAUGGGGUUGGAAAUAGAAAGAAACGAUCUUGAUGGAUCAUUCACAAGUGACUUGGUGGCUGAGUCUAUCAAGCGAGUGAUGGUGGAUCCCCAGGGUUCGCAACUCAGAGCAAAUGCAUAUGCAAUGAAGGAGAUUUUUGGCAAUGUAGAGCUGAGUAACAAGUACUUGGACGAGUUCACUCGUUCCAUGGAAGAAUUUCCACCUUCCAAUGAUGAUGUUUGAACAGUUGGUGGGCACAUUAGUACUAUUUAUAUUAUGUUUAUAAAAAAUAAAACCACAACCACUUCUUACAAAAGAAAUAUAGUUUGUGUUUAUUUGUUAUAGUCACUUACCUUUUAUCUUUACUCUUUGUAAUUACAAUGAACUAGAUUUUGGCCCCUGUAAAAGCACGCUUUUUUUUUUCUCAGCUUUUAUGUUUCUUGUCCAUUAUAAUAAAGUAACCAAUUUG